GGCAAGCAGGAGUAAACCAACAGGCGACAUGAGAUCAUUAAUGUGGGGAUUAGUCUGUCUCUUUGGCCUCCUGGCCCAGGGAAUCCAGGGGUCACAAUUAAGGUCACGCCACAGACAGACCCUCCCAGGCAGUCCUCUUCUUCCCAAGGUUUCGCCACAGGUGUCUCCAAGAGUCAAUGGCAGCUUUGAAGACCUCAGAUCUACUGAACAAGUCUCUGAUGAAGUACGAAGCGCUGAAGUUUUGAGUAAGCCGCAGCAGGACGAGCGGGCUGAAACCAGCAACUACUUAACACAGGACAGACGGAAUCUACUUUCAGCAAUCACCGGAUCAAACUGCAGGAAUCGUCCAAUCGACCUGGUUUUUGUCAUUGACAGCUCCCGCAGUGUGCGGCCCGCUGAGUUUGAAAAGGCCAAGGAGUUCCUUAUAAACAUGGUGGACACCCUGGAGAUCGGCUCAGAUGCCACCCGUGUGGGCCUCGUCAAUUAUGCCAGCACAGUGAAAAUCGAGUUUCACCUGAAGACCUAUUUUGACAAGUAUGCCCUAAAGCAAGCCCUGGCCCGCGUGCAGCCUCUAGCUUCAGGCACCAUGACAGGCGUCGCCAUUAAGGCCACUAUGGACAAAGCGUUUGUCGCAGAGGCCGGAGCACGACCCAGCUCCAUGAACAUCGCCAAGGUAGCCAUCAUAGUGACUGAUGGGAGACCCCAGGACCAAGUGGAAGAGGUAUCUGCAGCAGCUCGGGCAUCCGGCAUUGAGAUCUACGCAGUGGGAGUAGACAGAGCAGACUUGAUGUCCCUCCGCCUCAUGGCCAGCCAGCCUUUGGAAGAUCAUGUCUUCUAUGUGGAGACAUAUGGGGUCAUUGAGAAGCUCACUGCCAAAUUUAGGGAAACUUUAUGUGGUUUGGAUGGGUGUGCUCAAGGACACAACUGCCAGCAAGUUUGUGUUAACAAUGGUAACUCCUACAACUGUCAGUGCUGGGCUGGCUAUGUCUUGAACCCCGACAAGAGGACAUGCUCACGUCGAGAUGCAUGUGCCCAGGGACAUGAAUGCCAACAUAUGUGUGUUAACACUGGUGACUCUUACGUAUGCAAAUGUGGAGUAGGCUAUAUCCUGAAUGCAGAUAAAAAAACAUGCUCACGUGCAGAUGCAUGUGCCAGUGGACAUGAGUGCCAACACAUUUGUAUUGACAACGGAGACUCUUACAUCUGCAAAUGUCAUCCAGGGUUUACAUUGAACCCAGAUAAGAAAACAUGUUCACGGUUAAUAGCCGAUGCAUGUGCCAGGGGAAACGAUUGCCAGCAUAUCUGUGUCAACAAUGGAAACUCCUAUUACUGCAGAUGUCAAGUGGGAUACGUACUAAAUGUGGAUCAGAAAACAUGCUCACGUGCGGAUGCAUGUGCUCUUGGACACAACUGUCAGCAUACUUGCGUCAACAGCGGUGAUUCGUACAUUUGCAAGUGUCGAACUGGAUAUAUUUUGAAUGCAGAUCAGAGAACAUGCUCACGUGCGGAUGCAUGUGCUCUUGGACACAACUGUCAGCACACUUGCGUCAACAGUGGUGAUUCGUACAUUUGCAAGUGUCGAACGGGAUAUAUUUUGAAUGCGGAUCGGAGAACCUGCUCACGUGUGGAUGCAUGUGCUCUUGGACACAACUGUCAGCAUACUUGCGUCAACAGCGGUGAUUCGUACAUUUGCAAGUGUCGAACGGGAUAUAUUUUGAAUGCGGAUCAAAGAACAUGCUCACGUGAGGAUGCAUGCGCUCUUGGACACAACUGCCAGCAUACUUGCGUCAACAGCGGUGAUUCGUACAUUUGCAAGUGUCGAAGUGGAUAUAUUUUGAAUGCAGACCAAAGAACAUGCUCACAGGAAAUGAGAAGUGAAAUAACUCAAGAUGCCUGCAAGUGUGAAGCUCAGAUUUUGUUCCAGAAAAACGUGCAGUCAACUAUUCAAGCCUUGAGCAGAAGACUUGAUGAUCUUUCAGACCGAGUCAACCAGAUUGAGGACCAGCAACAGUACUAAGAGCAGUGCUGAUGUCACCAGCCCAUCACAGAAUAUGUAUAGUUUAGAUUUGUGACUUUACCGUGGAAUUAAAAAACAAAAUCCUAUGUGUGGGACUCUAAUAGCACUUUAGUUUAAAAAAAAUUGUACUCUGACAUGUUUACAUUCCUCUUUUAUAGACAUAUUCUUAGAUCAUUUGUUCUACACAAUAUUACAGUCUUUUUUCUGCAACAGUUUUAAUAGUUGAAAAGAGUGGUUAGUCUGUAUCUAAAGGUUGAUUAGAUGGUAGAGUGAAAAUAUGUAUGAAAUUCGUUACAUCAUCUCUGUUCUUGUAUUUAACUAAAUAAUGUGUCUGAAUUAUAACAAUAUAUGCUCAGCAUAUGUACAGUAUUUUGUGUUGUGUCACUCAGCCAUGGUACACACAAAAAAAAAGAAUGGUUUGGUUGUCAGUAAUUUCGUAAUGAUUCUUUGUAAACUGAUGUCAUAUAUAAGCUUAUAUUUUGGUGCUUUUGUUUGAAAAUUUAUGUAUUUGUCCAAGCCGCAUAUUUUCUGUUGAACAUUUUGUUGGUGCUUUCUGAAUAAA